AUGUGCUUGGCGUUCGUGUGCGGGGAGGAGGAAAAGGUGCUGGGGACGCACAAGGCGCCGGGGAGCUGCCCUUUAUGCGGCGGCACGGUGAUGGCCACGGACGUGGAGAAGGCGCUGCGGCUCUGCUUCCUCCCCGUCUGCCUCAAGACCACGAGGAAGUACUCCUGCUCCCAUUGCGCCCGCCGCCUCGUCACCUACCCUGAAAGAUCGCAGAUUUAGCUGGAAUCGGUCCUCAAAAUCCCACCUUGCCUGUAAAAGUCGUAGCUUUACAGUUCUGACCACCCUGGCUGAGAAGUCUCACCUUGUAGCCUUUGAUGAGGUCUUAGA